UCAUUGCUUUAUUUGCGAUCUUAAACAGAAACACAAGCCAUGAAGAUUUACAGUACAUACGUUGUUUUAACAAUGUUAGUAUGAUAAACCAGAAGCAGAUUGCUUGUAAAAAAUGAGUAUGGUAGAAACAUUUAUGUAUAUGAACUAAGAAAUCCAAGCUCACAGUAAUUAGAUCAGACAGUAAAGAUACAAAAUGACGAUGUUAGGUGAAGAUUGAGAGGCACCAAGAGGAAAUACAGUACUGGACUGUUUCUCUGAUGUACUUACAAAUGGAGUAUAGGAGGUGAACACAAUGUCUUGGAGCCAUAAAGACACAGAUUAACUCUAUAAGAAGCAAAGUUAAACACUUUAACAACUUAACACCAGUCCUCACCUCUUCUCUUCUAUGCCCCACAAUGUUAUUUUCUAAGACACCUAGAGGUGGAAAUCAGUUUUGCAGUCCGUGUUCUAUUUUUACCCUCCUGUCUUGCCGUAGUCAGCUUAGUGUGGGUGUAUUUCAGAGAGCAGUUGUCAAACAAACAGCACUGCACUGCAGGCUUUAAGCUUUCUUUUCGACUUUGAAGGCCUAAAACUUUUUACAAAAUAUACGAUUGAUCGCUUGGGACUCUUUUUUCAUCAAGGAUUAUAUCAUGUUAGCUAUCUACUAAGCUAACCAGCAAAAAGCAAGACCAGAAUAGUAAAAAGGUUUAACAUUCAGUCUGCUUUCAAAUGAAAGUGAGCCAUUACAACUGCAGACCAGAAAGACAUUCAACAACAUAUCAUGGAUGAUCAAAACCCUAAACCUGAAGAUCGAGGUGCACCUUCUGAACACUCCUGUCGUACUUAUCACUCUGGCAGCUCUAACCGUUCAUCACACAGUUUAGCUCUCAGAGCAAGAGCCAGAGCCGAAACUGCACAAGUCAAGGCUACAUUUGCUCAAAGACAAGCAGACAUGAAUCGAGCAGGCACGGUUAAUAGCGGAAAGAGCGGAAAAUCAAUGUAGAGCAGCUGAAAUACAAGAUAACUUUGACGCACUGAAGUUACGGAUUGAUGCUGAAUCAGCACGCGCUGAGCCUUAAGUCUUAGAAGCUUAUGAGGAUGAAGUUGGAGAACCUUCAAGACAAAGAGUAACAGGUUUGGCUUCAUAUUCAUCACAGCAACGCACUAGUGAAUAUGUGCAACAACAUUCUGUGGAUCAUGGUCAGCAACAACUCCAAGAUCCGAAACAAGGAGCCGUUUAUUCACCAGAGCGCCAGCAAAACAUGGACAACGGUGAUUCCGUCUUAUCACCAAAGCGCCAGCAGAACAUGAACAACGGUGAUACGGAAAUGCACGGUAUGGAUGUACGCAGUUGUGCAGAAAAAAACAACUAUUUUCACUCGUUGCACAAAUUGCAAGGGGAACGCCAGAGCAGACCCACCACCCAAGGCCAACAAAGUCCUGGGAAUCCUGUGAAAUUCCCCCAAGAAAGAUGUUUCCGCCAGCAACUUCAAUUUGCACCUUCCCAAGACCAGCAGCGUCGCCACCAAGGUGCACUAACUACAUGCCCUCACGUGAUCAAUCAGGUACGUCAGACUUAGCCAAGUACCUCAUUCGCAAAUAAAUAGUUAGCGCUGAUCUCCUGAUGUUUGAUGAUAGACCUGAGAACUACUGGGCAUGGAAGGCUUCCGUUAUCAACGCCACUGGUGACUUGAACCUCAGCCACAGAGAGGAGUUAGAUUUACUGUCCAGAAGGCUGGGACCAAAGUCUGCAGAGUUGGCCAAACGAAUCCGUUCAGUCCACAUCCAUGACGCUACAGGACUCUUAAUGUUGUAGAGGAGGCUGGAUGAAUGCUAUGGGUCAGCUGAAACCAUUGAAAAUGCUAUGUUGAAGAGGUUAGAGGAAUUUCCAAGAAUUGCAAAUAAGUAUAACCAAAAAUUGCACGAACUAGGAGAUCUAUUGCUAGAACUGGAAGCCGCAAGAAGAGAUGGAUUCCUACCUGGACUUGCUUACCUCAACACACCCCAGGGAGUCAAUCCUAUAGCGCAGAAGCUCCCUUAUUACUUCAGGAGAAGUGGAUCUCAUUUGGCUCGAAAUAUAAAGAAGAUUUUCGGGUUCAAUAUCCUCCUUUUCCCGUCUUUGUACAGUUUAUUCAAGACCAAGCAAAGAUACAAAAUGACCCCAGCUUUGCUGAGCUUACCAUGGGUGUUGCAAACAUGACAGAUAAACUACAGAGAGAAAUCAAACAAUCUGUGUUCGCCAGGAAAACUGUGGUUUCCAAAGCAGAUCCAGGCAAACAAAACAAGGAGGAGAAAAGGGUUGAAGAUCCAGACAGAGUGUGUCCUUUACAUAAUAAGCCCCAUCCUCUAAGAAAAUGUCAUGGCUUCCACAACAAGAGCUUGGAGGAGCAGAUAUCCUGCCUCAAAGAAAAACACAUCUGUUUCAAGUGUUGUGUCUUAACAAGACACUUUGCCAAAGACUGUGAUAGAACUGUGCAGAGCAAAGAGUGUGACAGUAGCAGGCACCCAACUGCUUUACACCCUGGCCCAGCAGUAAGAAAACAAGAGAGCUCUGUCAUCAAAGAUCAAGGCGGGGAGCAAGAGGAGAAAGAACCUCCAGAGGUAGAGUCAAAGUGCACGAAGGUUUGCGGGAAUGCAGUUGGCUCCCGAUCAUGUUCCAAAAUAUGCUUGGACCGUGUAUACCGUGCAAGUCAACGAGAGAAAGCUGUUAAAGCAUAUGCUGUCCUUGAUGAGCAGAGUAACAGGUCGCUGGCCAAGAGUGAGCUAUUUGACCUGUUUGGCAUUGGAUCAGGUGCCACUCCUUACACCCUUAAAACAUGCGCAGGAGUCAUGGAAACAUCAGGAAGACGCGCAAAUAAUCUCAUUGUAGAGUCAAUAGAUGGCAGGGUACAGAUCCCACUGCCAACAUUAAUUGAGUGUGAUAUGAUGCCCUAUGACCGUGCACAGAUCCCCUCAGCAGAAAUAGCACAUUAUUAUCCGCACCUCAAGCCAGUGGUAGAUAAAAUACCAGCUAUUGAUCCUGACGCAGAAAUUGUCAUGCAUCUGGGCAGAGACAUCCUACGUGUACACAAAGUAUGUAGACAGUACAAUGGACCCAACAAUGCACCGUAGGCUCAUCAAUUGGACCUCAGCUGGGUCAUUGUCGGAGACGUAUGUCUGAAGGGAGUCCACAAGCCAAACAACAUUAAUGUCUAUAGGACCAAUGUCCUACCUAAUGGACGGACGUCUUUCCCGAGUCCAUGUACAAGUGUUAUUCAUGUGAAAGAAAAGUUUGACAAGAACACACCAAGGUCACGUAAUCAAGUCUCCAAAGAGACAAAUCUCCUGGAAGAUGACACUGAUGAACUUGGAUGGAACAUAUUUGAGAGGACAAAGGAGGAUGACAAAAUAGCAUGGUCUAUUGAUGACAAAGCCUUCCUUGAGAUCACGGACAACAAUGUCUACAUGAAUGAUGCUAAGACCUGGGUAGCACCCUUACCAUUCCGUUCCCCAACACGUCUGCCGAACAAUAGAGAGCAAGCGGCAAAACGACUGUAAUCUUUAUGUCGCACACUGGAAAGAAAACCAGUUAGGAAAGAACAAUACACAGAGUUCAUGCAGAAGAUCCUUGAGUCAGGACAAGCAGAGCUAGCUCCACCAUUGAAGGAGAAGCAAGAGUGCUGGUACUUACCAACCUUUGGUGUCUCAUCACCCUCAAAAGCUGAAUCAAAUACGUGAGGUGUUUGAUUCUAGUGCUAAACCCGAAGGCAUUUCCCUCAACAACAUCCUCUUGAAAGGACCAGACUUGAAUAAUACCCUUCUUGGAGUCCUUAUUUGGUUCCGCAAAGAGCCGGUUGCAGUGUCCACCGACAUACAUAAGGUGUUUUACUGUUUCACAGUCUGGAAUGAACACCGUGACUUUCUAAGAUUUUUGUGGUUCGAGGACAACAACUUCACAAAACCAGUGACUGAAUACCGAAUGACUGUGCAUGUGUUCGGUAACAGCCCUUCGCCAGCUGUGGCCAUUUAUGGCUUGAGAAGGGCAGCUGAAGAGGGAGAGAGAGAACAUGGUACAGAUGCCAAGCAUUUCAUAAUGAGGAACUUCUAUGUAGAUGAUGGGCUUGCCUCAUUCUCCAAUGCUGAGGAAACUAUCACUGUACUGUCAAAUGCAAGGGAGAUGUUGGCAGAGUCAAGCACCAAGCUACAUAAGAUAACAUCUAACGGCAACACUGUUUUGGAUGCUUUCCCCCCUGAAGACCUUGCCAAAGACCUUAAGGACCUCGACCUGACAUCUGAUCCACUACCACUUCAACGCAGUUUAGGCCUGAGAUGGGACCUUCAAACAGACAGUUUCUCCUUCUGUGUGUCUGACAAGGCAAAGCCAUUUACAAGAAGGGGAAUCCUUUCAGUGGUCAACAGUCUCUGUGAUCCCUUGGGGUUCGUGGCCCCUGUCACAGUUCAGGGCAAGGCACUCGUGAGAGAUGUAACCAAAGAAGAGUAUUAUUGGGACACUCCCUUACCAGAAGCCAAAGCAAUCCAGUGGAAUGUCUGGAAAGAUUCCCUAAAGGAACUUAUGCAGCUCCAGAUCCAGAGAACCUACAUCUCUGUUUCUCUGCUCUCCACAGUAUACAGAGAGAUUUGUGUGUUCUCAAAUGCAUCAACUAUGGCUAUAUCAGUUGUAGCAUACCUCAGGGCAAUUGAUACAGAAGGACAUCAUGGGGAAAUCCAAGCUGGCUCCACGUCCUGCUCACACUGUCCCUUGUUUGGAAUUGUGUGCAGCCGUCUUGGCAGUAGAAAUUGCAGAGACGAUAAUGGAUGACAUCGAUGUAGAUACUCACAAGGUCAAGUUCUACACAGACAGCAGGAUUGUACUGGGCUACAUACAUAAUACAUCCAGAAACUUCUAUGUCUACGUGGCAAACAGAGUGACAAGAAUAAGAAGGUCAUCUACCCCAGAUCAAUGGCACUAAAUCAGCACCAAACUUAAUCCUGCAAAACAUGGAUCUAGGUCUGUCUCAGCGGCUCUCCUACCAGAUACCAACUGGCUGACAGGUCCGGCUUUUCUAAGAAAUCCAGAAGUGGAUGAAGUUCCACAGCCAGAGGCAUUUAACCUUCUGCAUCCUGAAACUGAUGUAGAAGUUCGCCCUCAAGUUUCAACCUAUGCUACGAAAGCCACAAGUGGACUUCUUGGCUCUCACCGUUUUGAAAGAUUAUCCAGCUGGAAAUCUCUCACUCGUGCAAUUGCCAAGCUUGUCCAAAAGGCUAGAGUCUUCUGGAAAACUACAGACUGUAUCUAGAGAAAAGAUGAACUCAGUCAAGCAAGACUGGUCAUAUUGAAAACGACACAAGAUAUGUACAAAGAUUAAAUGAAAAGUCUAGCAAAGGGUGAAGCGUUGUCUCGACACAGUCCGCUCAAGAGUUUGGAUCCCAUCCUUGACGAUGAAGGAUUGCUGAGAGUCGGAGGUCGGACUUCAUCAGCAGACAUGACCUGGGAAGAAAAGCAUCCGAUCAUUCUUCCAAAAGACAAUCAGAUAUCUACCUUGUUGGUACGAUACUACCACGGACAAGUGGCCCAUCAAGGCAGACACUUCACUGAAGGCGCAGUUCGGACAGCUGGACUGCUGAUAACAGGAAGUAAGAGACUUGUGUCAAGUGUUAAACAAAUGUGUCACCUGCAAAAGAAUGACAGGAAAGCUCGAAGAACAGAAAAUGUCUAACUUACCUGCGGAUAGACUUACCUUGGAUCCUCCUUUCACGAACGUUGGACUUGACGUCUUUAGGGCUUGGACCAUCUAAUCGCGCAAGACGAGAGGUGGAUAUGCAGAGAAUAAACGCUGGGCAGUCAUGUUCACCUGUCUGAGUACCCGAGCUCAUAAAGACAAUGUCAACCUCCAGUUUUAUUAAUGCCUUAAGGAGAUUCACCGCCAUCAGAGGGCCUGUGAGACUCCUGCGUUCCGAUAAAAGCACAAACUUUAUUGGAGCUUGCAGAGAACUGCAAAUAAACUCAGAAGACUCGGAGUUGAAAGUUCACUUGCAGAACAAAGGCUGUACCUGGAUAUUCAAUCCGCCACACUCCUAUCAUAUGGGAGGUGUGUGGGAAAGGAUGAUCGGCAUUGCACGCCGCAUUUUGGAUGCUAUGUUGCUUAAAGACAACUGUCGCCUCACCCACAAGGUACUUGUGAGACUGAGUGAAAUCAUGGCAAUCAUGAAUGCAAGGCUUCUAGUUUUAGUAUCGUCUGAUCCUGACAUGCCAGCAGUUCUCACGCCCGCAAUGUUGCUUACUCAAAAGACUGAUCCAGUAUCUGCUCCUCUAGGGAACAUGGAUCUGAAAGAUCUCUAUAACAAGCAAUGGAGGCAAGUUCAAAGUCUAGCCGAAACUUUCUGGAAACGUUGGAGAAAAGAGUACUUGGCGACCCUUCAGCCCCACAAGAAGUGGAAGUCAGAAAGACCAAACUUGCAAGUAGGUGAUGUGGUACUCCUCAAAGACACUCAAGUAAAGACGAAUGAGUGGCCCUGGCAUCAUUGAGGAAACCUUCCCCAGCUCUGACGGCAGGAUUCGAAAAGUGAAUGUGAAGAUCAUCAAACAGGGUACCCCGAAGGUUUAUUCCAGACCCGUUUCAAAGGUCGUACUGCUCCUCAGUAAAAAGACAUAAUGGUAUCUUAUAAUACUAGACGGGGUGUGUUAUGCCCCACAAUGUUAUUUUCUAAGACACCUAGUGGUGGAAAUCAGUUUUGCAGUUUGUGUUCUAUUUUGACCCUCCUGGAUUGCCGUAGUCGGCUUAGUGUGAGAUCGACAGGUGGAUCGGUGCGGCGUCUUCAGUAAUGCGGACGUUGUACCGAUCCGUUGUGGUGAAGAAGGAGCUGAGCCAGAAGGCAAAGCUCUCAAUUUACCGGUCGAUCUACGUUCCCAUCCUCACCUAUGGUCAUGAGCUUUGGGUCAUGACCGAAAGGAUAAGAUCACGGGUACAAGCGGCUGAAAUGAGUUUCCUCCGCCGUGUGGCGGGGCUCUCCCUUAGAGAUAGGGUGAGAAGCUCUGCCAUCCGGGAGGAGCUCAAAGUGAAGCCGCUGCUCCUUCACAUUGAGAGGAGUCAGGUGAGGUGGUUCGGGCAUCUGGUCAUGAUGCCACCCGAACACCUCCCUAGGGAGGUGUUUAGGGCACGUCCAACCGGUAGGAGGGCACGGGGAAGAACCAGGACACGUUGGGAAGACUAUGUCUCCCGGCUGGCCUGGGAACGCCUCGGAAUCCCCCAGGAAGAGCUAGACGAAGUGGCUGGGGAGAGGGAAGUCUGGGUUUCCCUGCUUAGGCUGUUGCCCCCGCGACCCGACCUCGGAUAAGCGGAAGAAGAUGGAUGGAUGGAUGGAUGGACGGCUUAGUGUGGAUGUGUUUCAGAGAGCAGUUGUCAAACAAACAGCACUGUACUGCAGGCAUUAAGCUUUUUUUUUUACUUUGAAGGCCUAAACCUGUAAGUUUAUAUGAAUACAAUAUUGUGACAUAUUAUUUGUGCAUUUUCAGUUUAUGACUGCUUUAGUAAGAUAUUUGUGUCCAUUGUUGAAAGCUAAUUACUGGUAGCAUUUGUUGGUUUGGAUGUUAAAUAGGCUACAUAGCAGACUUCUAUAUUGGUUUAUAUAGCUGACCGAAGAGAAGUUUGAGAAUGAUCUGCGCGCCUUGAAGCCUGCCGAGGAAAGACACUUUUUGAACCCACGACUCAGCAUCUCGGGCUUCACGGUGGAUGAGGGGGUUAGUGUGUCUGCCUCACAAUACGAAGGUCCUGAGUAGUCAGGGUUUCAAUCCCGGGCUCGGGAUCUUUUUUGUAUGGAGUUUGCGUGUCCUCCCCGUGAAUGCGUGGGUUCCCUCUGGGUACUCCGGUUUCCUCCCACCUCCAAAGACAUACACCUGGGGAUAGGUUGAUUGGCAACACUAAAUUGCAGAGGUGGGUAGUAACGCGCUACAUUUACUCCGUUACAUUUACUUGAGUAACUUUUGGGAUAAAUUGUACUUUUACGAGUAGUUUUCAUGCAACAUACUUUUACUUGCGUAUAUUUAUCGAGAAGAAACGCUACUUUUACUCCGUUCCAUUUAUCUACAUUCAGCUCGCUAUUCGCUACUUUUUUUAUCGAUCUAUUAAUGUUUGUUUUGGUUAAUGACAGUUUCAAAGUAGAAUCUACGCAUGCCUGUGUUUCACCAAUCACAUGUAGUCACUGGUGACGUUGGACCAAUCAAACAGAGCCAGGCGGUCACAUGACCCGAUUUAUACAAGUCGAGAAACGUGUUGAGGUGUUACCAUUUAGUGGUCAAUUGUACGGAAUAUGUACUGUACUGCGCAAUCUAAUAAAAGUUUCAAUCAAUCAAUAAAAAGUGUAAAGGAAAAAAGGCACUUUUUUAUUUCAACCGUACUUCCCGUCCUAAGCCUAAAGACUGAUCGCACAGUUCCUGUCUUCACAAUAAAAGCGCUGCUCCAUCGCGCCUGCGCUAACAAAAUAAGAGUCUCCGAAAGCCAGCGUAAACAAGCUAGCAAGCUACGGAGUUUGCCGCCAAUGUAUUUCUUGUAAAGUGUUUAAAAAAAAAAAAAGCUGGGCAGAUAAGAUGCCAAAAACCAACUACUUUCAUGUGGUAUUAGACAGAAAAGAGGAACUUUUUUCUCCUCCAUUUGAAAACGUGGACGUCUGAGUCAUCAGAAUCAGGUAAUUCACCAACUUAUAUUCUUGUCUUCAUAAAAGAUAGGAAUCUAUCAGUUAAACAUGCUUGUAUAUUCAUUAAAACACCUUCGACAUGUGAACAAAAACGGCAAAAUAAAUAAAUAUGAUAUACUGUAUAUAUAUAAAUGGGUUGUACUUGUAUAGCGCUUUUCUACCUUCAAGGUACUCAAAGCGCUUUGACACUACUUCCACAUUCACACACUGAUGGAGGGAGCUGCCAUGCAAGGCGCCAACCAGCACCCAUCAGGAGCAAGAGUGAAGUGUCUUGCUCAGGACACAACGGACGUGACGAGGUUGGUAUUAGGUGGGAUUUGAACCAGUGACCCUCGGGUUGCCCACGGCCACUCUCCCACUGCGCCAC